CCCCAGCGGCCGCUGAAGGUGAGCGGGCCGCCAUGGCGUUCUCGGCGCCGGUGGCCUACCUGACCCACCAGCAGAAGGUGCUGCGACUUUAUAAACGAGCGCUGCGCCACCUGGAGUCCUGGUGCAUCUACAGGGACAAAUACCGGUACUUUGCAUGUCUGUUGAGGGCUCGGUUUGAAGAACAUAAGAAUGAAACGGAUAUGGUGAAGGCCACCCAGCUGCUGAGAGAGGCGGAGAAGGAAUUCUGGCACAACCAGCAUCCUCAGCCAUACACCUUCCCGGACUCUCCUGGGGGCACCUCCUACGAGAGAUACGAGUGUUACAAGGUUCCUGAGUGGUGCUUAGAUGACUGGCAUCCUUCAGAGAAGGCAAUGUAUCCCGAUUACUUUGCCAAGAGAGAGCAGUGGAAGAAACUGCGGAGGGAAAGCUGGGAGCGAGAGGUCAAGCAGCUGCAGCAGGAAACUUUGGCUGGUGGUCCCAGCACCGAAGCGUUGCCCCCAGCCCGCAAGGAAGGUGAUCUGCCCCCUCUGUGGUGGCACAUUGUGACCAGGCCCCGGGAGCGGCCCACAUAGGGAACGAGAGGGGAAGACACCUCACUGGUCGUGGUUGCAAGUGAAACGAUUUACAGGAAAUACGCACUUGCCCUAAUAAAAGUAACAGGGUGUGA